CAUUUACACUCUCUCUCUCGCUCUCAUGUCAUGAUGUAGCAUGCUACGGUUUAAAAUAUUUUUGGUAUAUAAUUAGCCAUCUACUGUUCACUUAGUUUUUUCAAAAUCUAAGAAUAUAAAUUCUAUACUGUGCAGUAUUCACCAAUCAUUAGACUAAUAUUUCAUUAUGAACAAGGUUUAUUGCAUUGACCAAAUGUUUUGUUUAUGUGGUAAUGCAUUAUAGGACACAGUGAGGCAACAAGUCCUAGUAGACUACUUUCCAGGGUGACUUAUGCUCUGGAACACCCUCCUCUGGACAUUGAAUACUUGCAAUUUAUUUGCCGUCAAGAAAUGACUUUGAUUACUGCCAUGUCAGCAAACAUUGGAAUUUCACAUGACUUGGUAAGAGGUUUAAUGGACUUGGAUUCACUUAUUCAGCAGCACAAGGAAGGUCAGCAGGUGGCAACUUUAGUGGAGAUUGAAAGAUCACAAGGAUGUGGACGUCCUAGAAUCCAUUUAUCAAGAGAAAGACUAAUCCACUUUCUGAAGCUUGGUUUACCCCAGGAAACCAUCAGUAAAAUUUUAGGUGUCUCUCGUACAACUAUCUAUCGUUUGAUGAGAGAAUGUGAUUUGUCAGUCACUUCCCUCUACAGCAGCUGCACAGAUGAAGAACUGGAUUCAUUGGUGUCUGAAAUCAAAAGCACAAUGCCAAACAUAGGGUACAGGGUUGUCAGAAGAGCGCUCAUUGCCAAAGGACAUAGAGUACAGUGGGACAGAAUUUGUGCAUCUAUGCAUCGUGUUGAUGGUCUCGGUGUUCUCUCACGGAUGUCCCAGCUUGGUUGUGUUGCUCGGCGAACCUAUUCUGUACCAUACCCCAAGUAUCUUGUACAUAUAGAUACAAACCAUAAGCUCAUAAGAUACAGCAUGGUUAUCUUUGGGGGUGUGGAUGGAUAUUCAAGAAAGAUCAUGUAUUUACGCAUUGCAGACAACAACCGCUCUGAAACAACUCUUAGAUUUUUCAAAGAGGCAGUAGAGGAGUUUGGUUUUCCCUUAAGGAUUGAACGCCUCUGGCGAGAUGUUUGAAUGUGUGUCACCACUGUGUACUGCAACAUUUUACAUCAUCUUGAGGAUUGUGGCCUUCUUGAUCUAAGCAGCUUCACCCACCUCUUCUGCUGUCAUUAUGUUUUUUUACCUCGCAUACAAGCCAGCCUUGAUGCUUUCAGGGAUGCAUGGGAUAACCAUUCCAUGAGGACAGAGAGCAACCUAACCUCAAAUCAGCUAUGGGAGACUGGCCAGUAUCAGAAUCCAAUAAGUAACCCUGAGGUAAUUAUUUCCUCUUACAGUACAUUCUUGGUUUUGAUUUCUUAAUCUUUUGAAACCCUACAAUUGUGUCUGUUACUGAUUUCUUGUGGUAGAAAUGUUUU